UCCCCCCGGCCAAUGGGAAGGCGCGCAAAGUGAUGCGUGUAAUGCCCUGGUCUAAUCUGCCGGUAAUGUACGGAGUUAUUGUGUUUAAUACGUUUGAAAUAGGCGGUUGACGGAGGUUUUCGCGGGUUUUGAGUGUUUUUACACGCGAUAUGGCACAGUACGAUGAAAUUAAACCUUUGAACAUGGACACGAAGCUUCAGGAAUCCAAAAGAUCGUUCUGUAUAGACGCGUUACUCUCUAGAACCGACAGUACUACGCGUUCUUUUAGUCCAGAACCGUCACGAAGUACCUCGCCUACAUCAACUAUAAGGAGUAGGAGUCCUCCGAUUUCGCCAGGAAGUGAGGAGGUAAACGGUGUGCAGGGAACGACCUUCGUACCAAGACCAGGACUGUUAAAUCAUCCGGGGUACCACCUGAACUACGGGUACCAUCAGCCUCAGCAGCAACAAAGUUCGGCGUUUCAUGCCCUUGACGGGGGUGUAAUGCAGAAGGUUCAUAUUCCUGUAAACCCCCAUAAUCAGUUUCAUCAAAUCCAAAUGGAAUGGUUGGCUAGAACGGGGAUGUUUUAUCCAAGGUUGCAGGAUCUUGCAGCUUGUGGACCUGCUGGGCAUGCUCUUCUAGGCAAAACAAGGCGACCCAGGACAGCGUUUACCUCACAACAACUGCUAGAACUGGAAAAGCAGUUCAGGCAGAACAAGUACCUGUCCAGGCCAAAGAGAUUCGAAGUAGCUACCAAUCUAAUGUUAACAGAGACACAGGUAAAAAUAUGGUUCCAAAACAGACGAAUGAAGUGGAAACGCAGCAAGAAAGCCCAACAGGAAGCCAAACUAGCCAAAGAAAGCAGCCAGGACUCUGGGAAGUCCCUAAACAGCACCUCGAACUCCUUCAAACCUAGCUCAUCCCUCACGAAUGCAGAAAGUUCCGAUAGUUCAGCGUCUAUCAAAGAAAACCCUGUAGAACCCAAGCGAAUACCCGACAGUGAGCCACUGUACAGGCCGUAUGUCGGUUAAAAAAGACUAUAUUUCUUUAUACUAAGACCAUAAAUAUAACUAGACACUGUUUUUGCCCUUAAUUGAUGUUGGUUACAAAAUAAAAGAAUCCAUCACAGUGUCUAGGUGUUUUAUGGUCUAAUGUCUCAUUAUUAGGUAAAAAUUUUGUGAUGUUCUAAGUGCAGUGUGGUGUAUAUCGAACUAAAAAACUUUGUAAAUUAUUCUUAAGAAUUAAUUUGUAAUAUAUUGUAAAUAAAAAAAGGUUAAAAAAACAGUUACAUGAUACGACGUACUGUACGUCGGUUAAAAAGACUAUUUAUUUAUUCUAAGACCAUAAAUAUAACUAGAGACUGUAUUUGACCUUAAGUUGCCCUUAAUUUAUGUUGGUUACAAAAUAAAAAAAAUGCAUGACAGUGUCUAGGUGUUUUAUGGUCUAAAGUUUCAUAACUAGGUGAAAAUUUUGUGAUGUUAAAAAGUGCAGUGUCGUGGUUAUAUCGAACGAAAAACUUUGUAAAUUAGAUUUAAGAAUUAAUUUGUAAUAUAUUGUAUAUAAAACAAGGAAAAAACAGUUACAUGAUGUGACGUAUGAUCUCAAGACAGUUUUGUUCUCAAAGACGUUCUAGUUUAGUUGUGUCUCUACCUCAUUGUUUAAAUCUAAAAGAGAUGAAGAUAAAAUGAAAAAGAGAAGGUUAGAGCAAUAGAUUUGUAAAUAAUUCGAGUUCCUAUAAAUGAUAGUUGAUAAGGAUAAGUUGUAAAUUGGCAAGAAUAAAUUUUAUGAGUUUUUAAAA